AUGGCCUCCCACAACAUCCAAGCAGACAUGGCUGAUGACAAGGUCACUUCUUACAAGCCUCAGUAUGCUGAGGAGGCUCCAUCUCUCAAAGGCGAGACUCUCGAGUCUCAUGAAGUCUUUCGGCAGACAGAUGAGGGUGUUCAAUUUAGAACUGUGAGCUGGCAACGAGCAACAAUCAUCUUUCUCAAGAUUCAGUUUGCCAUGAGUAUUCUUAGUGUGCCCGGAGCAUUGGCUACACUGGGAGCUGUUGGUGGCGGUCUGUCUCUUGUUGGCUGGCAUACUCUCAACACCUACACGGCAGUUAUCCUAGGAGAGUUCCGAAACCGCCAUCCCGAGUGUCAUACUCUAGCCGAUAUGUGCGGUCGUCUCUGGGGCCCAAUUGGUAAAGAACUCGUCGGCUUGCAGAUCCUGGUUGCCCAGGUUCUCAUCUCUGCUGCCGGUAUCGUUUCCAUCUCGACAGCUUUCAACGCCAUCUCCAACCAUGGGGCAUGCACCGUGAUAUUCACCCUCAUCGGUGCCAUUUCGAUUACGAUUUUCUCCUCAAUUCGCACCUUUAGCCGACUUGGUUGGCUUACUUGGAUUGGAUUCUUCACUUUCUUCGUUGCUGUCUUCAUAUUUGUCGUGGCUGUAACCCAGCAGGAUCGUCCAGCAAUGGCUCCUCAGACAGGCGACUACGAGCUGGGGUGGACUGCUAUUGCUAGCCCUACAUUUGUGGCUGGUAUGACUGCUACCGCUAAUAUCUUUAUCAGCAACAGUGGUUCAUCCAUGUACUUACCUGUUCUCUCGGAAAUGCGACGACCCGAAUACUACAGAAGGGCUGUGUUGGUAACAGGCGUGCUUGUGCUCGCCAUGUACCUGUCCUUCUCCCUUGUCAUCUACAGGUGGUGCGGUGUCUGGCUUGCAACGCCGGCCUUUGGAAGUGCUGGCGCGCUAUUCAAGAAGAUCUCAUAUGGUAUCGCUCUGCCAGGGCUCAUCAUAGGCGUCGGGAUUUAUCAGCAUGUCGCUGCUAAGUAUAUCUUUGUCCGUGUUCUCAGGAAUUCUCACCAUCUCCAGGAGAAUACCAUGGUCCAUUGGACUACCUGGAUCGGUAGUAAUCUUACUCUCGGAAUCCUUGCCUUCAUUGUCGCUGAGGCUGUUCCGAUUCUCAACUACCUCUUAGGUCUUGCCGGAGCUAUUUGUUUCGCUCCCUUCAGUCUGGUCUUUCCAGCCUUAUUGUGGAUGCAGGAUUACAAGCACUAUAGAAAGGACACUUUGUCUAGGAAAAUCACAUACUGGUCACAUGCACUUAUUGUGCUGCUCGGCGCCUUUAUGGUUGUUGCCGGAGUUUACAGUGUUGCGAUAUCUAUCCAAGAUGCAUACCGGUCUGGUUUAAUUGCCAAGGUGUUUGAUUGUGCGGAUAACUCUGGAACUAUUUCUUAA